AUGGCCGCCGGAAAUGCUCGUAUCGUGAGGUACAUUGUCUUCGCCGUCUUCUUCGUCGGACUCCUCUACCUGGUCUCCCACACCUCCUACCAUGGCGUCCAACUGAAGCCCGAGUCAUUUGGCGUCGGCAAAGGCUCGUCCACGUCCAAGAAUACCGAGAAAGAGAACGCAGCGAGCGAUUCGUCCACAUCGGGAAGCACCUGGCACAUCACAAAGUCCGGUAGUGGCGGUACUGGUAGUUCCGGCAAGGGCAGCGGCAGUGGAAGCACCAGCGGCUCUGGAGCAACAAAAGGAUCGCCAAAAACUCCAUUCGGCACCCCGAAGCAGUAUGAGGACCUCGCAGAAGCUCCUAUGGCCCUCACCCCGUCUGAUAACGGAUGGGGUGACCUGGUCGGUAUCGCCCCUGGCCCUCGUAUGAACGCCACCUUUGUCAGUCUUGCACGAAACGCCGACGUAUGGGACAUCGCUCGAUCCAUCCGUCAAGUCGAAGAUCGAUUCAACCGCCGGUACAACUAUGACUGGGUUUUCCUGAACGACAAGCCGUUCGACGCUACCUUUAAGAAGGUCACUAGUUCUCUGGUUUCCGGAAACACGUACUACGGCGAGAUCCCAAACGAGCAUUGGUCCUUCCCCGAUUUCAUCGACCAGGACAAGGCGAAGAAGGUCCGCGAGGAUAUGAAGGAGCGCAAGAUAAUUUACGGCGACUCCAUUAGCUACCGCCACAUGUGUCGCUUCGAGUCUGGCUUCUUCUUCCAGCAGGAGCUGAUGAAGAACUACGAAUGGUACUGGCGUGUCGAACCGAGCAUCGAGCUUUUCUGCGACAUCCACUACGAUCCCUUCCGAUUCAUGGCCGAGAACAAGAAGAAGUACAGUUUCGUGCUGAGUCUGUACGAAUACGUCGAAACCAUCCCGACGCUUUGGGAUAGCGUGAGGAAGUUCAUGAAGAACUACCCCGAACAUAUUGUCGAGGGCAACUCGAUGCCUUUCCUCAGUGAUGAUGGCGGUGAAAACUACAACCACUGCCACUUCUGGUCCAACUUUGAAGUUGGCAACCUCGACUGGCUACGAUCUAAGGCGUACGUGGACUUCUUUAACUCGCUUGACCAGGACGGUGGUUUCUUCUACGAACGAUGGGGCGAUGCGCCUGUCCACUCUAUCGCUGCUGGUUUGCUCUUGAAGAAGGAGGAGAUCCACUUCUUCAAUGACAUUGCUUACUACCACGUCCCCUUCACCCAUUGCCCGACUGGCGAGCAAACCCGGAUCGACCUUCGUUGCCACUGUAACCCGAAGGACAACUUUGACUGGAAGGGAUACUCUUGUACAGCAAGAUAUUUCGAUCUCAAUGGCUUGGACAAGCCUGCGGGCUAUGAAGACCAGCAAUGA